AUGCUAAGUCCCUGGAAUGAUUGUGUGGGAGAUGAUCAUCAAUGGAUUCUUAAACCGCUGCAAAACCGACUUCGCUAUGAAAGGCCGCUACCCGUCCAGCAGGCGGUGGUUCCAACGGUUCGGCGGGCAUUGCUGAGUGGAUUGCCGAUGGAUGUUUGCCUCACCGCUCCAACUGGCAGUGGAAAGACCCUGUGUUAUCUCCUUCCUCUCUUACAAAUGAUUACCGAGGCUAAGAAGGGCACCAACCACACACGUCUUCUCGCAUUGGUGCUGGUACCCACAAAGGCCUUAGGCCAGCAGGUAACGCACGAACUGCAACGACUUACCCGUGGAACAACCAUAACUACUGUCUCGCUCUGUGAUGAAAUGAGUGUAAAAGAGGAGGCUGCAGCGUUAGUACGGACUGUUCGUCUUGUGGGAAGCGGUACACAUCAAACACAGGGCCACUACAGAAAUGUGCCCUACAUGAACAUCUACAAUGGCGAUAGUGUUUCCCUCCCGAGCAACGCCGCUGGUGUGGCACACAAUGAAGAUGAAUCUGAGGAUGGUGCAAGUAGUAGUGACGGUGGUAAUGGUGAGGAAGUGGGAUAUGACUCCAUGGUGGACUCUUCUCUUCACUACUACUCACGUGCAGAUAUUGUAAUAUCAACGCCACAGCGUCUGCUUCGCCAUCUUGAUGGCACUCCCGGCUUCACACUCCUGCACCUCCGUCUAUUAGUUAUCGAUGAGGCAGAUCAAGUUCUCUCCGGGAACUUUGCCAACUUCGUGGCGAAAGUGGUUGAACGAUUCGAGGAGGAGCAAGCGUCACGCGUUGGUAGCACCGGAGACCGACGGCGGCUUACGCAAUUAACAUAUAGUCUCCAUAAAUUCCUCUGUUCUGCAACAUUGUCGUCGCAUAUUACGCGAAUUUCGGAGGUUCGUCUGCGAAAUUGCCGGCAUUUCACAUUGGACAGUUUCGGGACCGAAAUUCAGCGGGAGGAUGAAGGAGAACCCCUUCCACUUCCAUCAACGGAUGACACAGGGAGUAGAAAGAAGAACAAGCGGGAUCAGGAGAGAGGAAACGCCAACACUAAGAAUAAAAGAGGGGACGAUGUGGGUAAAGGGGGCGAGGAAGACUCUUGUGAAGAUGGCAAUGAGGAAGUGAAACUGCCACUUUCUCGGCAGCAACUGGUGCGCACUUCGUUUGCACUUCCACCACGUCUUCAAGAGCACGUUGUCUUUGUGGAGGAUUGGUACCGACACGCUGUUUUACUAAAACUCGUCCGGGCAAUUGUCGACAAGCAAAAGAAGGCUGAAGCCCUUGUUAAAGAACAUAAGAGGCGGGAAGAAGGUCUAGCGGCGCAAGAUGAUGAAAGUGAAGGCACUGGCCUCGGAAGCAAUGGUUACGGUACUUUUAGUCGUGAAAAUGUCAGGGAGUGCGAAAGCACCGAGUUUCGGGCUUUGCCACAUCGAAGGCGUGGAGCCUCAAAACUUGUCGGAGCAUCUGAUCCUUCCUACCCAUCAUGUGAUGAUGACGCUGGUAGGCGCAUUGUCAUUUUCUGCCGCUCUGCUGAUGAGGCACGUGUGAUGGGUCACUUUCUUCUCUCGGCAGGGGUUCAGGCGACGGAGUUCACGACUCUCGCCACCGAAAGUGAGCGGCGCCGUGCACUUCUUAAAUCCCGUCCCGAUUCGUGUGUUGUUGCCUCUGAUGCCCUCAUGCGUGGUGUGGAUGUGCCAAAUGUCGGCCAUGUGAUUAUGUACAAUCCUCCGGAAACCCUUUCCCAAUACGUCCAUCGCGCGGGGCGUACUGCCCGGGCUAUGCGGGCCGGUCACUUACAUUUACUUUUACAAAAGCUUGGACCUAGUGGAACCAUGAAGGAUGGGGAGGUGGCUAUGUUUAAAGCAAUUAGUGCCGCCGUGUCUCGGAUGCAACCAGUGCGGUACGAACGCCACUUUUUUAUGUUUGAUGUUGCACCCACUCAGUUGGGUAAAGUCGCGAUUGAGUCCAGUCCUGAAGGUGGAAAUAAUGGGGAGGGUCGUGGUUUGGUGAAGGACAAGGCACGAUUACUCAUUGAGGAAGCGGAUAGAUAUCUGAAGGAAACGCAAUUGCGGUUAACGGGUCGCUGGGUGUCGGCACUUGAAAGCGCUCGGAGGGGUGACGCCGUGGGAAAUAAGCCGUCGUCAGCGACGUUUGGUGGCUCGAGGAGGUUUAUAUCACAAACAAAGAGAGAACGUGGCUGA